GUGUAACUAUCUUCUAAUUACCACAUUUGAACUCACUGAAUUAUGAGGCGUAUCGUCAUUGAGUCAACCCAGCGAUCGAUCCAGAAUUCUGUAUCACUUAACGCGCAAAAGCAAACCCUAAUACCGGGUCACGUCCCACGCCUCACGAGUUACGCGACUCGUUCGAUUCAAAUCGUUCUACGCCGAUUCCUUCUCCUUCCUCCUCUAAAUCGCUCAAUUCUCCCCAAAUGUCCAAUUUCCUGCUUCCAUCAUCGAUAUUCUGACCAAGAAAAUCGCUAAAAAGCUGAAAUUUUGUAACAUUUCUCGGAUUGUGGCGUUAUCAGAAACGAUCAAAGCUACAGUUAAGGUGUAUGCUUAGUGUAGAAAAUGAUGGGAGAGAUGGUUCCACUCCGUCCGGCUGGAUAUGUGGACCCUGGCUGGGAGCACGGGACUGCCCAAGAUGAAAAGAAGAAGAAGGUGAAGUGCAACUAUUGUGGGAAAGUUGUUAGCGGAGGUAUAUAUAGAUUGAAGCAACAUUUGGCGCGAGUCUCUGGAGAAGUAACAUACUGUGAGAGGGCUCCGGAAGAGGUAUAUUUGAAAAUGAGAGGAAACUUGGAAGGUUGCCGCUCCAAUAAGAAGCCAAAGCUGUCUGAAAAUGAUGAGCAAACUUACUUGAAUUUUCAGUCUCCUGACGAUGAUGAUGAUGAUGCAAUGGAGAAUGCUGGAUAUAGAAGAAAAGGCAAAAAAGUAAUGAAUGAUAAGAGUUUGGUUUUAAAUUUAACUCCUCUUCGCUCAUUGGGAUAUGUUGACCCUGGUUGGGAGCAUGGGAUUGCUCAAGAUGAAAGGAAGAAAAAGGUGAAGUGCAACUACUGUGGCAAAAUAGUCAGUGGAGGCAUUAAUAGAUUUAAACAACACCUGGCCAGAAUUCCAGGUGAAGUUGCACCUUGUAAAAAUGCUCCUGAUGAAGUAUAUAUGAAGAUAAAGGAGAAUAUGAAAUGGCAUCGCAGAGGAAGAAGGCAUAGAAUGCCGGAUUCCAAGGAAACACCGUCCUUUUUUGUGCAUUCUGAUAAUGAACCUGAAGAGGAUGAACCAGAAGAAGAUGUCUUGCAUCACUUGAGCAAGGAUAGAGUAGUUAUUGGGGACAAGAGACUGGGAAAAGAUUUCAGGAGGGGUUUCAGUGGAAUGUCUUCAGGAAGUGGCUCAGAGAUGUACUUGAAAAAGUCAAGGCUAAAUUCUUCUGUCUUCAAGACCUCAAUGAGUCAUAUGCCACUGACUUACAAGCAAGGAAGCUGUGGUUCUAACAAAAGGAAUCGCAGGGAAGUAGUUUCUGCCAUUUGUGAGUUCUUCUAUUAUGCGGGGAUCCCAAUGGAAGUAGCUAACUCUCUAUCUUUUCAGAAGAUGCUAGAGCUUGUUGGUUACUAUGGACCAGGUCUUAUAGGGCCUUCAAGCCGGAUGAUAGCUGGUCGAUUUCUCCAGGAUGAACUGUCAACAGUCAAAAGCUAUCUAGCUGAGUACAGGACAUGCUGGGCAGUCACUGGCUGCUCCAUUAUGGCAGAUAGUUGGAAAAAUUCACAGGAUAGGACUCUAAUUAAUUUCUUAGUGUCCUGUCCUCGUGGUGUGUACUUUGUGUCUUUAGUUGAUGCCACUGAAUUAAUAGAUGACCCUUUAAGUUUAUUUAAGUUACUUGACAAAGUGGUGGAUGAGAUUGGUGAGGAAAAUGUUGUUCAGGUAGUUACUCAGAACACUCAGACUUUUAAGACUGCUGGAAAGAUGCUUGAAGACAAAAGAAAGAAUUUGUUUUGGACUCCAUGUGCUGCCUUUUGUAUGGAUAGAAUACUUGAAGAUUUCACAAAGAUGAAGCUGGUUGGUGAAUGCAUUGAGAAAGCCCAAAAAGUGUCGAAGUUCAUAUACAACCGGAUAUGGCUACUGAAUUUUAUGAAGAAGGAACAUACAGAGGGGCAAGACAUUCUAAGACCUGCUAUUACAAGAAAUGCUGCUACCUUUAUUAGCUUACAAGGUGUAUAUGAUCAUAGGAUAAGUCUUAGAAGGAUGUUCCAGUCAAACAAAUGGCAUAUAUGUCGGUUCUCCAGAACAGAUGAUGGCAAAGAAGUGGAGAAAAUUGUAUCAAAUGCUUCAUUCUGGAAGAAAAUGCAGUAUGUUUUGAAAUCCGUAGACCCAGUUCUGCAGGCACUGCAUAAGGUUGAUAGUAACAGCAACCUGUCUAUGCCAUAUGUAUAUAGUGACAUUUUAAGGGCGAAAUUCACAAUCAAAAGCAUGCAUGGUGACGAUGUACAUAAAUAUGGUCCAUUCUGGAGUGUGAUUGAUAGUCACCUGAGUUCCUUGUUCCAUCACCCAUUAUGUGUUGCUGCAUACUCCCUUAAUCCAGCCUAUAGAUAUCGGCCAGAUUAUCAGGCGAAUCCGGAGGUGGUUCGUGGACUAAAUGAAUGCAUCGUUCGUCUUGAACCAGACAGGGGGAGACAGAUUUCUGCGUCCAUGCAGAUCUCUGACUUUAUAUCGGCUAAAGCUGAUUUUGGGACUGAAUUGGCAAUCAGUACAAGAACUGAGCUUGAUCCAGCUGUUUGGUGGCAGCAACAUGGUAUAAAUUGUUUGGAAUUGCAGCAAUUAGCUGUACGCGUACUAAGUCAAACCUGCUCUUCAUUUGGAUGCGAACACAAUUGGAGCAUUUAUGAUCAGAUUCACCGUGAAAGGCAAAACCCUCUAGUGCACAAGAAGUUUACUGAUUUUUUGUAUGCUCACUAUAACUUGAGACUCAGGGAGCGCCAAAUAAGACAGUCAAAUGAGUUGAUGUCCCUUGAUAGUGCUCUUCUAGAAGGUUUACUCGAUGACUGGGUUGUAGAUCAGGCUGGCAGACAAGCCAUGCAAGAUGAUGAGCAAGAUAUGUUUGACCAUGGAGAUGGAUAUGACUAUGAUAUACUCGAGUAUGAUGAUGGUAACUCAUAUCUGAGGAGGGGAUCUCUAGACAUGGGGACACUAGCAGAUGUAGAGCCCUUGGAAGUACAUCAUAAUGCUGGUCCAGCCACAGAUGAUGAUGCAGAGCUCGAUUUCCUUGAUGAUGACUUAACUGAUUAGUUGAGUUACAGGACUUCAUCGACAUAACUAAGUUGCAUAUGGUCAAUUAAUACAAUCUGUUAAUCUUCAGCCGGCAGCCCGCUGGAGCGGAACUGGGAAGGCAGCUGUAUAUACCUUUUUUUGCAAUGUAAUCAUCAUUCUGUUGCUACAGGCUUUGUUGUAUCUUGGCUACACAGUCUAAGGCUCCCAGUUAAAACAAUCAAUUAUUUUGUUCAAAGAAA